UGGACUGAAGGGCCAGCCAUGGGAUGAGGCAGUAUUUACAAAAACACAGGAGGCAUGUUGGAGCAGGAAAUACAGGCAAGCAGCAUGCAGAGCUGGUAUUUUAGCCUUUCAGCAGAGACGCCCCUCUUGUGGCUUGCUCUCAACACUUCACACAUCGACACUGUUGGGGUUGUGGGGGUCACAGCUGUGGCCGGGAUCUCUGACUCAACAGGGCUAGAAUCUCUCUAUAGGUAACACGAGUGUGAUGAAAACCUUCAGGGCGGCUGUUAUACGGUGAAAGAGCAGCAGAGCUCAGCCCAGAACAUCGCUCUUUGCUCAGCUGCUGUGUCCUCGCUGGCUCCGGGAGCGCCUUUCCCCAGGAGAGGGCAGUGGAGCCCGCACACGCUCCGCGCUCCCCGCCCGACAGCGGCGGGAGCAGCCGCUCCCUCGGCUCUUCCGUGGGAAACUCACGGGGGAUGCUGCUGUCUAGUCUGGACUCUGUGCUGCCUGGACAAGUAAUGAACCUGGAGCAUCACCAAAGGCCAGGAUCUGGAGGAACUGAAAGAGCCUUUCUCAGCUGGGGUGUGAGGUGUGGCGUGGAUAAAGAAGGUCAUGAGAGACACCGUGACAGUGCUUGGGAGCCAAGGCAGAAGACGGCAUGAUCAACGUGGACAUGGGCGACAAGCGGGCCCUGGACCUGCCCUACGGUGGCGGCUUCGCCCCCAAUGCUCCGGCUUCCCGCAAUCAGACCUUCACCUACAUGGGCAAAUUCUCCAUCGACCCGCAAUACCCUGGCGCCGGUUGCUACCCCGAGGGCAUCAUCAACAUCGUGAGCGCGGGGAUCCUGCAGGGGGUCAGCACGCCCUCCUCCGCCGCCUCCUCUGCCGCCUCCUCCGCCUCCUCCGCCGCCUCCUCGGCCACCGCCGCCUCCGCCACCUCCCCCAACCCGCUGGCCGGGGCCCUCGGCUGCACCAUGGCACAGGGCCAGCCAGCCGACCUGGAGCAUCUCUACUCGCCUCCGCCGCCGCCCUACUCGGGCUGCGGUGACCUGUACCCGCAAGACCCCUCCUCGGCUUUCCUGCCCGCCGCCGGCGGCGGGGCACUGCCUUUUCCCCCGCCGCCCUCCUACCCCUCACCGAAGGCGGCGGCGGCCGAUGGCGGGCUCUUCACCAUGAUCCCCGAGUACGGCGGCUUCUUCCCGCCGCCCCAGUGCCAGCGGGAGCUCCACGCCGGCCCCGACCGCAAGCCCUUCCCCUGCCCCCUCGACUCGCUCCGCGUCCCGCCGCCCCUCACGCCGCUUUCCACCAUCCGCAACUUCACGAUGGGGGCGCCCCCGGCGGGCGCCGCCCCCGGCAGCGCUCCCGGCAGCGGCGGGGGCGAGGGCGCGGGCGCCCGGCUGCCCGCCGGCGCCUACAGCCCGCACCACCUGCCGCUGCGGCCCAUCCUGCGGCCCCGCAAGUACCCCAACCGGCCCAGCAAGACGCCGGUCCACGAGCGGCCCUACCCGUGCCCCGCCGAGGGCUGCGACCGCCGCUUCUCCCGCUCCGACGAGCUCACCCGGCACAUCCGCAUCCACACGGGCCACAAGCCCUUCCAGUGCCGUAUCUGCAUGCGGAACUUCAGCCGCAGCGACCACCUCACCACCCACAUUCGCACGCACACCGGCGAGAAACCCUUCGCCUGCGACUUCUGCGGCAGGAAGUUCGCCCGCUCCGACGAAAGGAAGCGGCACACGAAGAUUCACCUGCGCCAGAAGGAACGAAAAGGAGCCGCCGCCGCCGGCGGGUGCCCGCAACCCGGCGGCGGGAGCGGCACGGCCGCCCUGGCCCCCUGCGCGGCGCGGACGCGGACGCCCUGACGGCGCGGGACGCGCAGGACCCAGCGCGGAGCCGCCGCCGAGCGCGGCGGGCGCGGAGCGGAGCGGGGCCCGGCGGGGCGCGACGAGCACCUGGCGGCGCCGCGGGGCUCCCCCGGGCCGGGGCGGGCCGGAGCGGGCCGGAGCGGCGGGUGUACAUAGGGGCUGCGGCGGGAGGAUGGAUGCAUGCAGUGCCGUCGUGGUGAGGUGUCCUUGGUGCCUUGUGUGGUGUAGAGCCCGGUCCCCUGUCUGCAUGUGGGGGGUGCCUUACCGAUCCGCUCCGACGACAGCGGCGACACCGAGACCGGAAAGUUUUUCCCUCCCUGGUUUUAGUAUGGCUGUACAUUUCUGCCUAUUAAUAUUGGGAUUUUUUUUUUUUUUAGAGACUAUAUUUUUGUACGCACUGGUUUGGGGUUUUGGUUUUGUUUUCCUUUUUGGUGACUUGAAAGUGUUCCGUUUGUAGUAGGACUUGGGACAGGAUGUAAAUACUCGGGCUGGGACCGGCGCCCGUGGUCGGCCGGCACCCAGUGCGCCGCAGGUAACACGAAUAAUGCACAACCACUAACGGGGGCUGGAAGGAGAGGGGGGGUAUCUUUAUCUUUCUGGCCACUCUGUAAAUAAACUUUUCGACAAUAGGGUAGGUGCUUACAAAGUUUA